GCUGAGCGCUUCGUGACGCGUUCAGCUACGCUUAAGAUGGCCUUCAAUCAAGCUAAAGAUAGGCAGAGGAUGCUGCAGGAGGAUCUAGAGACAAUCAGCGCGUGGUUUAAGCUAGUAGAGGACACAAAAGCUAAAUACAGCAGCGUCUGCGCUGCUAGAUCUUGUACCCUGCCUUUUAUUAUCUACAAAGGACGCGUUCACAUCUCUGCCUGGUACGAGGAGGCAGAUAUACCACGCAAUUGGAAGCUCUCCGUCUCCGAGAGCGGCUGGACGAACAACGCGCUCGGCCUUGAGUGGCUGAAGCACUUCGACGCGCAUACAAAGGCGAGCCAGGUGGGGGCGUACAGGCUGCUCAUUUUGGACGGCCAUAAGAGCCACCUUAACUAGGAUUUUAAGGACUACUGCCUUAAAAACAUAAUCCUUACCCUCUGCAUACUACCUUACUUAUUGCACAUCCUCUAGCUACUUAAUAUAGUCUACUUCUUGCUGUUAAAGUGCAAGUACUCUUAGCGUGUACAAGACUUAGCACACAAGCAUGUCUUCUAUAUUAACAAAGAAGGCUUCCUCCCUGCCUUUAAGGACGCGUUUUUUAAUGUGUUUAUAGCAGAGAACUGUUACAAGGCCUUUAAGGCAGCAGGGCUAGUCCCUCUUAACACGCAGGUUGUGUUAGAUCACCUUAAAGUGCGCCUGCGUACCCUGCUAGAACCCCUCCUCCUAGAGAUGCUGUGGCAGUUAAAGACUCUAAGUAAUACCUACAAGUUU